UUGUAAUUUGAUAUGUAAUAAAUAAUAAUAGGUAGUUAAUGUAUAAUUAUUAAUUAUUAAUUACUUUUGUAGGAAGAAGUAGAUUAAGCUGUUGUACAAACAUCUAAAGCAUGUCAAGAAGUAGACCUAAGCCAAGUUCAUUGCAAAACAAAAUUCAACAAUCAUAAGACAAAAUUCCAUCAGCCUACAAUAAGUUCCAUGUUUGAAAGCAAAGCUCCAUUAGCAUAUAAUAGCUCAAAAGCCUUACAUAUUACUGAUUUAAUUGCCAAAAUGAUAGCUAAAGACCAGUUGCCUUUUCAUCACGUUGAAAAACAAGGUUUCAAAAACUUAGUUAAGUUCUUAGAACAUCGCUACACCAUACCUGAUCGGACAACAUUUUCAAGAAAUAUUAUUCCUAAAUUGUAUUUGAAGGUAUCUCAGAAAAUUUGUGAAAUCAUAAAAAAUAUGGAGUUUGCAUCAUUUACAACGGAUCUAUGGUCUUCAAACAAUAAUACAGAUUAUCUGUCAUUAACUUGCCACUUUAUAGACAACUCAGACAACAAUUUUAUCAGAGAGAAUAUAUUAUUAGAAGUCAUUCCUUUUAAGCCCAUGUAUCAUCUGGGUGAAGAUAUUUAUACAUUUACUAUUGAAACAUUGGAAAAGUGGGGAAUUAAAGAAAAACAAAUCCAUGUUUUUUUACGAGACAACGCUCCAAAUAUGGUGAAGGCUUUUAGUAACAGAGAUUUCUUUAGUUUUGGCUGUUUUUCUCAUUCACUUCAACUGGUAAUAACUGAUGUGUUAUGGAAGCAAAAAAAUCAUGAAGAAUUAUUAAAAAAAGUUAGACAAAUAGUUGGUCAUUUUAAGCAUAGCAUUUCAGCUAACAAAUUACUUAAUAACUAUCAAAAACAAGAAAAAUUGCCUGAACGAAAAUUUAUUCAAGAUGUUACAACCCGCUGGAACAGUACUUAUCUUAUGAUUACUAGGUUUCUAGAGCAAAAAAAGUCUGUCAUUGGUUUAGCUCCUUACAUACAUCUGAAAGUAAGUUUGACUAGUGAAGAAUGGGUUUUAUUAGAUGAAAUAUCUAAAGUUCUUGAAAUAUUUUAUUUGGUAACUUUGACGUUAUCUAAAGAAACCUCAUCACUGUCUGAAGUCAUACCAGUUUUAAGAAGCGUCAGUACAUAUUUGGAAAAAGAAGUCAACAAAUCUAACAAAAAUCCUAGAUUUAAAGAUAGAGUAUUUUCCGGAGAAUAUGAAAAAUUUCAAGCACAAAAUAAUCUGAAAUUGGAACUUGAUGUAAUUUACAGAAAUGUUACUGACACCUCUACAGUAUCUCCUGAAAUUGAAUCAGAGGUUGUAACAAUUAAUCAACAUCCAUUAGAGAAGUCCAUAUUUAGUCAUAUAUUGCCUGAUCACAGAGAACCUAUGCAGUGCAAUUCAAAUGAAGCAGAAAUUGAAAAAUAUUUAACAGAAGAUUUGAUUGAUGAGAAAGAAAACAUAUAUGAGUAUUGGUCUAAAUCUAAAUUAAUAGGAUUAAAAAAGCUAGCGGCUAAAUACCAUUCAAGCCCAUCAACCUCGGUGGAUUCAGAACGUGCUUUUAGUACGGCAGGAUAUUUGGAUUUUCUCUGUAAUAAUUUACCACCCAUGUUGGAAAAUGUUCCAUUAAAUAUUCGGGAAAACUUGUUUUUUCAACAAGAUGGUGCUCCAGCACAUAAUGCUAUUGUUGUUAGACAAUACCUCAACGAUCAGUUUGGAAAUAAUUGGAUGGGAACAAAUGGACCGAUAGCUUGGCCAGCGCGUUCACCAGAUUUGACACCACUUGAUUUUUUUCUUUGGGGUCAUUUAAAAACUGUAGUUUAUGCUGACCCACCAAUUAACCUUCAGCAUUUAAAACAAAAAAUCACCGAAGCAUGCUCAAAACUGACCAAGGAACAAAUAACGGCAGCUUCUCAAGACGAAGUUAAGCGCCGCUUACAAUCAUGUUUACUUAACAACGGGGAAAACUUCGAACAAUUUAUAAG